UACCCGCAACCCAACGGCUGAUUUCCUCGGGCACUAGCCGUUACGGCUACAAAGCCCUUCUCCCUCCUUCCCGUACAAUCUCCUCCACGGAUCCGACCAAGAAGCCCUCCCCGCCGCCUAAGCAAAAUCCUCCCCCCUCCCUCCUCUCGGCUCCCGAUCUCAUCGUCCUCCGUCGCCGCCAGCGAAUCCAGCGAGCGAUCGGGGGGACGACGCCGUCUCGCGACCAAAGCUCUCCGAGAUCCCAGGCUCCUCUCCUCCCCCUUUUCGAGUCUCUUUGAUUGGAUUGUCUGCUGCGUGUGCCGGUCUAGUAGAAGAAAAAAAAUCUGAUUGUUUCUCUGAGUUGAAUCGUUAGUUUCGUUCUGGUUUCUUGUUCUUUGGUACUAGAGUAGAAUCUUUGCGGUAGGAUACUUUUGCGUGAAUCCUGUUUCUGUGUAGUUACAUUGCUCGUGUUGAUUUCUGCGUUGAUCUUGUUCGUGGCGGUAGUAGUAGAUCCCUUCUACUAGCUGCGGCGUGCUCUGUUUACUUGUUCUUGUUGCUCCUAGUUCUAACCCAUGGACGCAGGAUCCAACUCCAUCUCGUCGCAGAAGUGCGGCAGCCGACGCGCGGCGCCGCCGCGGCCGGCGCUCCAGGAGGCAGGGUCCAGGCCGUACAUGCCGCCGCUCAGCACGGGGCCCCGCAACCCGUCGGCCAAGUGCUACGGCGACAGGUUCAUCCCGGAGCGGUCGGCGAUGGACAUGGACUUUGCGCAUUACCUGCUGACGGAACCGAGGAAGGGCAAGGAGAACCCGGCAGCGGCGGUGUCCCCGGCCAAGGAGGCGUACCGCAAGCUGCUGGCCGAGAAGCUGCUCAACAACCGCACCAGGAUACUCGCCUUCCGGAACAAGCCGCCAGAGCCUCAGAACGUGCUCACGGAUCUCCGUUCUGAUGUGGUCCAAGCCAAGCCGGCGAAGCAGCGCCGACACAUUCCCCAGUCUUCAGAGAGGACUCUGGAUGCGCCAGAGCUCGCUGACGAUUACUACCUCAACCUGCUAGAUUGGGGAAGCAGCAAUGUGCUGUCCAUUGCGCUAGGCAGCACGGUGUACCUCUGGGAUGCCUCCAGUGGGUCUACUUCUGAGCUUGUUACCAUUGAUGAGGACUUUGGUCCUGUCACAAGCGUUAGCUGGGCUCCUGAUGGCCGGCACAUUGCUGUAGGACUGAACUCCUCUGAUGUCCAGCUUUUUGACACUACCUCGAACCGACUGCUGAGGACACUGCGAGGUGUGCAUGAGUUGAGGGUUGGUUCUAUGGCAUGGAACGACAGCAUCUUGACAACUGGUGGCAUGGACGGCAAGAUCGUGAACAAUGAUGUGAGGAUCAGGAACAGUGUUGUGCAGACAUACCAUGGACAUGAGCAGGAGGUGUGUGGGCUCAAAUGGUCAGGAUCAGGGCAGCAACUGGCCAGUGGUGGAAAUGACAACCUCCUACACAUCUGGGAUGUGUCCAUGUCAUCCUCUGUGCAGUCUGCAGGGCGUACGCAAUGGUUGCACAGGCUUCAGGAUCACUUGGCUGCCGUGAAGGCACUGGCAUGGUGCCCAUUCCAAAGCAACCUGCUGGCUUCUGGCGGUGGUGGGGGUGAUCGCUGCAUCAAGUUCUGGAACACCCACACUGGUGCAUGCCUCAACUCAGUUGACACUGGAUCGCAAGUGUGCGCACUGCUCUGGAACAAGAAUGAGAGGGAGCUGCUAAGCUCACACGGGUUCACUCAGAAUCAGCUCACCCUGUGGAAGUACCCAUCGAUGGUUAAGAUGGCCGAACUCAAUGGCCAUACCUCCCGCGUCCUGUUCAUGGCUCAGAGCCCUGAUGGAUGCACUGUGGCAUCUGCUGCAGCAGAUGAGACAUUACGGUUCUGGAAUGUGUUUGGAACUCCUGAAGCGGCGCCUAAGGCUGCAGCCAAGGCUUCCCACACUGGGAUCUUCAAUAGCUUCAACCAUAUCCGAUGAAGAAAUGGCAUCAUUGUUCCAAAGAGACCUUCCAGAACCUCCAGACCUGUUAAUAGGAACGAGGCCCUUCAACGUCAUCGCCAAAACACCAUCGAGCUGAUGUCCAAUAGAAGAGAGCAUCAUACACAUUUACAGUAGUUGACAUGUGUACAGUAGUUGACUAUUUUGGGUUUUCUAGCGCUAUAAUCACAUUUACAUUAUAUGUCUCCUUGGUAUGCUGGUAACACUGGUUGCUGGUCCAUAAUAUUGUACAUACAGUUUUAUAUAAAAAAAACUUCUAUAAUAUUUCCGUGUUUUACACUUAA